GAGAUGAAGAGCUUCUUCCGCCCUGAAUUUCUCAACCGUUUGGAUGAGAUUUGUGUUUUCCGACCCCUCACGAAGGACCUGUUUUCUUUCUUUUCUUUAGUGGAGUUCAACAAGGUGGCCGAGCGUUUGCUGCAGGCUGGGAUGCAUGUCUCUUUGACAGCUCGGUUCAAGGAGCGUGUGGUACAGGAGGGUUUCGACCCAGCCUAUGGCGCGCGGCCUUUGCGCAGAGCUAUCACUAGAUGGCUCGAGGACGGGUUGAGCAUAGAUAUGAUAACCUUUGUUUGUAUGCAAAUUAUUGGCUAG